CGCCCAUACUGUCAAUGUGCGAUAACAAAAACACUUCUGUUACAUCCACAUAGUAGGUUUUUUUUGUAUAUUAUAUUUAAAGUACUUUUUGCAAGAUUCCAUUUUAUGUAUUUUAUUAAUUAAAAUAAUAAUAAAGAAUACCCAGGAAAAUGCUCACGAAUAUGCAGUCUAUAGAAAGUGAUAUCACAACCCAAGAUAUUCUGUUGCAGAAACUAGAAGAAUUUGGCAACAGUCUUGAAUAUGAAGACGAUGAUGCAAAAUCUACCCCAAAACAAAAGCAAAGAAGUAGUUCACAACAUGUGACAUCACCAUCAGAACAAGAAAUGAAAAGAAAGAAAAAGAAGAAGCGAAAGAAGAAGAAAUCUUUGAACAGUGAGACGUGUCCGACAGUCAGAGAGGAUGAGUUAGGGUCGGACAGGAAGUUGUUAUCAAAGAAAGAACAGUGGCUCAAGGAUGUUCUAGGUGCCGAGGCGUUAGUUGACAGUUCAGUUUGUAACCCUAACCGUGACUUGAACCAAACAGACACACUACAGACAUCAUCAAACCACAAACGGAAAGCUGAGCCAGAAAUCAUAGUGUUUCAUGACCCAGCGAAAAGAAAGAAAAGAACUGUCCAGGUAUCAGAUGAUGUAUCUAGUAAGGGGGACACCGAGAAGAAUUUCACAGAGUUUGACAUGCAGCAGGCAAGAUAUGACGUUCGCAAGUUUGGAAUAAAAGGCUUUGACGAAAUGAAGAAGGACGAGGCUAUGUCUUCUCUGUUAAUCAGCCUGGGAGCCAAGCCCCCCAAAAAGAAAUAUUACAACUACAAAGAGUACCAGCAGAAGAGAAAGAUUGAAAUUCAAGAAGAACUUGGUAAAAUGGAAGAGGAUAAAUCAGUUGGAUUGAAAGUAAGCAAGAAGAAGAAGAAGAGAAUGCGAGACCAAAAUGACAUUGGCCGAUUGGAUGGACAGAUUGGAACGUUCAGAUCUGGUGUACAGUUUAUCAAAAAACAAGAUGUAAAACAGAAAAAAUGAACACAACUAACAAUGAUAGUUACCUGAAAUAUCGUAUUAUAUGACAGUGUUUUUCAUUCACUUUAUUUCAACAGUAAUACAAAAUACUAUCUACUGUUAUUUUGUCAAAAACAUGUAAUUAUAAUGUGAAGAAAUUAAAUUUUUUAUGUUUGCUACAAACUAAUCAGUGUUUUAAACAACUGCAAAGGGAGAGGAUGAAAUGGUGAUCUGGGGCCUCAUUCACAAAGGUCUCUUAGGCUCUGCUAGACAACACAGCAUCCUCUUUGUAAGUCUUUUAGCAUUGCACUGCAAGAUCGCAAAGUUGCCAGAGUUUAGUGAAUUAGGCCCCAGAUACUUAUUUGUAUUUGGAGGCUGGGAUGGAUUGUUCCAAGUAUUAAAUAAAACAUACCAACUACUA